AUGACUGACAUUGAAUUGCAACUUAAUACAAUUGCAGGGAUUCCUUCACAAAAAGAUAAAACGACCGAAUAUCGUUCUUUACUUGAUUCAAUACUCACUUCCUCAGCGGAUGAAACAGUUUUAGCGAAUAACUUGGAAAAAUUUGUUGAUCACAUAGUUCAAGAACAAGUUGGUUUGGUAAUUUCUCGUCAAGUAUUGUCAGAGUUCGUCCAGGGUGUUGAUAAAAUUGAAAACUCCGAAAUCAAAAAACGUGUUUUACAUUUUGCUUUGGGAAAAGUUCAACCAAGAGUUGUUAGUUUUGAAGAACAGAUUUCAACACUUCGCGAAAAAUUAGCUGAAAUUUAUGAGAAUGAAGAAGAAUGGCUUGAAGCUGCCAAAGUUUUACAAGGAAUUCCACUGGAUUCCGGACAUCGAUUAAAAAUUUAUAUCAAAAUUGUUCAGCUUCAAUUAGAAGAGGAUGAAGCCAUAUCAGCGGAAACUUAUCUUAGUCGUGCCGCGUUAUUAAUACCCAGUUGUAAAGAUCAGGUUAUUAAUUUAACAUUUAAAUUAUCACAGGCUAAGAUUUUUGAUUUCAAGAGAAAAUUCCUUGAAGCCAGUUCGAAAUAUCAUGAAUUAAGUUAUGUUCCAGAAUUGGCGCCAGAAGAUCGGAUUAAUUGUUUAAAUGCUGCUAUCACAUGUGCAGUUCUUACAGGAGCAGGUCCACAACGUUCACGUAUGUUAGCCACACUCUAUAAGGAUGAACGAGUACAACGUUUACCACAUUUUUCAAUUCUCGAGAAAAUGUAUCUUGAUCGUGUUUUGCGACCUAAUGAAGUCAAAGGAUUUGCGGAAACACUUAAAGAUCAUCAACGAGCACGUUUGGCAGAUGGAACCACUGUUCUUGAUCGUGCGGUCAUUGAACAUAACCUUUUAUCAGCUUCAAUGAUUUAUAAUAAUAUUACAUUUGAAGAACUUGGAUCUUUAUUAGCAAUUACACCAGAUCAAGCGGAACAAAUUGCUAGUUCAAUGAUUGAACAAAAUCGGAUGCAAGGAACUAUCGAUCAAAUUGAGAGAUUAAUAUUCUUCGAAAGUAAUUCAUCAUCAACUGGUCACGGGAAGGCAGUUGGUAGUGUUCUGGGAGCAAAAUGGGAUAUGGCAAUUCAAAAUGUUUGUCAUCAUGUGGAAGAAGUAGUAAUUGCAAUUGGAGCAAAAUAUCCUGAACUUAUGGGUAAGGCCGCAUUUUAA